GUCAGAGCGCUGGACAGCUCCAAAGAGGGAAAUUUAAAAACGGUUUUGGAGCAUCUAGGGCAACAUACAGAAUACACUACAGGGGCUCACGAGCGGCUCACACAAUCUGCAUUAUCACCAGAAAGAGCACCACCAAUCAUAGGAAAUGAUAGAAGGUGGGAUCACCUCAAGGAUGUCAGGAAUUAUGGAAAAUGCUGGGCAUCAUCCAUCACCACAGGACUACAGGCUCCUGACCACGGAUCCUUCCCAGCUCAGAGAAGAGGACCUCCCUGGGGACCUGCAGUCUCUGUCAUGGCUUACCUCGGUGGAUGUGCCCCGGUUACAGCAGAUGGUCGAUGGCAGAGAACACAGCAACGGCAGUUUGCUGCAGCAGCAGACAGGCCAGAUAAACAGCAUACCCAUGACUGGACAAAGCUCCAUGCUUCAUCUUCAGAGCAACAUGCAGCACAGCCCCUUGGGAAUCAGUAUCAUCAACAGCCACAGUGGAAGUAUGUCUCCUUUUUCCAUGAGUGGUGUACCCUCUCCUGGAUACCAGUGCCCUACCUCAGUGUAUCAGCCUACACAACAAGUGUAUUCACUAGCUCAAAAUGGACAACAGUGUUCAGCUGGUGGAUUAUACAAUAAUGUCUCUUUUCCCAACCAAAGUAUCUACACACAACCGCGCCUCGCUCCUCAAGAACAGGAAUUACAGCCCAAGACAUUUCCCAAACCCAUUUACUCGUACAGCUGUUUGAUUGCCAUGGCAUUAAAAAACAGCAAAACUGGCAGCCUACCAGUUAGUGAGAUCUAUAGCUUUAUGAAGGAGCACUUUCCCUAUUUUAAGACUGCACCUGAUGGUUGGAAAAAUUCUGUGAGACACAAUCUUUCUUUAAAUAAAUGCUUUGAAAAAGUUGAGAACAAGGCAAGCAGCUCAUCCCGCAAAGGUUGUCUUUGGGCACUGAACCCUGCCAAAAUUGACAAGAUGGAGGAAGAGAUGCAGAAGUGGAAACGUAAGGACCUCCCAGCUAUACGCCGCAGCAUGGCUAACCCUGAUGAACUGGAUAAACUGAUCACUGACCGUCCUGAAAACUGCAGACGUAAGGCUUUAGACCCCAGCAUGACCCGGCUGCCCACCGGUCCCUCAGUCCUCCCAAUGGCCGCCCCAACACAGCUGCAGUGCCCGCCUAUAGUCACUUUGUCCCUGCCCUGUUUGCCAAUGCACCAGCACCACCAGCUCCACUCAAAGCUACAGACUCGACUACAGCCCAUGUCCCCUGCCCCAGCACAGACUCCGCCUCUACAUGUAGUCCCUGAUGUCUCCCACAGUCCACUUGCCCACCAGCCCACCAAACCACCGGAGGACUUCUACUCUGUGCAGGCUGACACACACACAGAGGUAGACACACUGGAUCCUAGCAUUAUGGACUUUGCUUUUCAAGGUAAUAUUUGGGAAGAAAUGAAAGAUGACAGCUUUAACUUGGACGCCCUGGGCAGCUUCAGUAACUCUCCACUGAGACUUUCAGACUGUGACCUGGGAUCAGCAAGUGUCCCACUGGGUUCUAACACAUCAAACCUGCCUGAUGUGCAAGUGACUGGCCUGUACACUUCAUAUCCGCCCCAGGAGCCCCCCUCCUCCCAAUACAUGAGCACAGGGGCUAGCAGCAAACCCAUCAUCUUGCUUUGAAGUCACUGAAAGAAGAUGUAAAGAUGAACUGUCACCAGCAGUCACUCUGCAGAACACAAACAGGUCAUCAAUGGAUGGAGGGCAUAAUUGAAAAGCAGUCAAACUAAGUGCAGUGACAUAAAAAGUUUAAAGUAUUUUACUUUAUUUUACAGAAAGCAAAUAUACAUUUUAAGUGACUGUUCUGCAUUUACAAUGUCCUGCCAUUCUGUAGCCUGCUGUAGCCUUGUAUUGUGAUAGACUGCUGUUUCUUAUUUAUAUUUAUAAAAUCAAUUGGAGGGGUUAGAUAUUUUAUCACUCUCAUUGAAAAUAUUUGAAUAUUUCACAGAAAGCUUUGUAUUUAACUACUGUGUCUCACUGCCUAUUGUAGGCCAAGUGAAACUUUGAGUCAUGAUUUUACACUCUGUGUUAACUGUGUAAACAAUUCACAGUAAAAAUAAGAAAUAAAAAGGAUAAACAUUGUU